AUGAUUCUGAAUUAUGGGAGUUAUAUACUCUCUCUAUGCCAUAAUACAACUCCCAUUACUCUCUGUCUCUUUGCCCCCCUUCCCCUGUGUCUCUCUAGCUCUGCCCCCUACCUCAGUACUCCUGUGCUGACAGCUGUCAGUAUUAAUGAGUGUGCUGCUGGACCUGUUAGGCGGCUGCCUGGCGCACUCACUGAUACUGACAGCAGUCAUACUCAUGAGAUGGGGCCGCUGGCCGCAAG